AUGGCGAGCCAGGCGGUCGCGACUUCUGGCAAUGCACCAAAGAGCCCCGCGACAGCGCCAGCGACCCAGCCCCGCGGCUCAGCACUCUACGGCGCCCGACGCUGGCUUCACGUCCUCCCCUUCCUCCCCGCCGGGUCGACCUACCUCAGCGCGCUCACCCUGCUCGCCUUGCUGCACACCGUCGGCCUCCUUCUCUUUACAAGAGGCUUCCUCCUGACGCGGAAGGCGCUGCCGAACGUCAACUCCUGCAACCCAACUGCACCCUCGGGCAACCUCGACCCUUCCUGUUCCCUCCCGCCGACACACGACAAGCUCAUCUUCCUCGUCGUCGACGCACUCCGAGCCGACUUUGUCCUUUCCGUCGACGAGCCAGCCAACCCGUUCUACAGCAAUCGCAUCCCCUUGCCCGCUCACCUCACCCGCACCCAGCCAACCAACUCGUUCCUCUCGCACUUUAUCGCCGAUGCGCCCACGACGACUCUCCAGCGCCUGAAGGGCAUGACGACGGGCUCGCUGCCGACUUUCAUCGACGCCGGGAGCAACUUUGCGGGCGAGCAGGCGGACGAGGAUAACUGGCUCGGGCAGGCGAAGCGCGCGGGCAAGCGGAUCGCGCUUGUGGGCGACGAGACGUGGCUCAAUGUCUUCCCGCGAGGCGGCAGGGACAGCGUCUGGCAGGAAGGGCUCGUCUGGCCUUACGACUCGUUCGAUGUCGAAGACCUCGACACGGUCGACCAUGGCGUGCGGGAGCACCUCCUCGACCUGCUGGACGAGCGGCGGCAGCGCGAGUGGGACAUCGUCGUCGCACAUGGACUCGGCCUCGACCAUGCAGGACACCGCUUUGGCGCCGAACACCGCGAGACCAGGCGCAAGCUGCGCGAGACGGAGCAGCUUCUGCGGGACGUCGUCGAGCGGCUGCAGGAAGACACGUUGCUGGUCGUUGUCGGCGACCACGGCAUGACGGACCGGGGUGAUCAUGGCGGCGACAGUCGGGAAGAAGUCGAUGCCGCGCUUUGGGUCUACUCGAAGAGGCCGAUCAUCGACUCGACCUGGUUCAAGCACGACUUCGCCUCGCCUCGACACCCUCUCGCCUCUCUAUACGCCACCGCCAACGCCUCUGCCGACCUGGGUGACCGCUUCCAGCUCGCCUGGCCGGAGAAGGGCCUCUCGCAGGCGACUCGCUCCGUCAGCCAGAUCGACCUCGUCCCGACCGUCUCCUUGUUGCUCGGCCUGCCCAUCCCGUUCGGAAAUCUCGGCUUGCCCAUCCCCGAGCUCUUCUUCCGCAACGUCAACCUACCUGUCGCGCCCAAACCGUCAGCAGAGGCCGCCUCCGACAAGCCGAAGCGCGGCUUCUUCGGCUUCGCUUCGUCGCAGCCGGAGCGCCGCGACCAGGAAACCCUCUCGCCGCUCCAGACCGUCCUCCAGGCCACCCUCCUUGCCUCGUCGGAACUCUCGAACUACCUCCUCACCUACACCUCGCUCCCGUCCGGCAAAGACCUCGUGCCAGCCAUGCCAGAGCUCUCGUUCAUCCUCGAGAUCGCCAAGUCGGCCUACAAGGGUGCACACGCACCCGGCCGCUCGCGUGAGGAGAUGGAAUCACGCGCGCUCGAGAAGUUCUGGACGUUCGAGCGCAAGGCGAGGGAGAAGGCGAGGCUCGUCUGGGCUCGCUUCGACCCGGUCCUAAUGGGUGCAGGACUUGCGGUCUGGACGGGCAGUCUCGUUGUCGCUUGGCGACUGGCAAAUGCGGCGAAGAAGGGACCGGGCGCCCGAUUCCUGGUGGGUCGGGCUGUCGAGGGCGGCUUAAUUGCACUUGCUGUCGGACUCGUCCUUUCGGCCCGAGGCGUUUUCAAGGGUCGCCCGAGCAGCUUGGCCGCAGCGUUCGCCGCUGCCGUCGGAGCGGAACUCGCCGUCGUCUUUGCCCCGUCAACUUCGCCUUUCUCACUCACGACUCGCCUGAGAAGCGCUCUCGCACGAUUUACACCAGCUCACCUCCUUCCCGUCGCCGCGCAUGCCGCUCUCUUCGCCUCAAACUCGCUCACCGUCUUCGAAGAUCGCAUCGUCCUGUACCUCCUCGCGACGCUCCUCUCGUUCAGCCUCGUCCGCGGCUUUGCGGCGCCUGAAGCACGGCUGAAGAACCGCAUUGUCGCAUACUCCGCCAUCGCACUCGUCAGCCUCCGCCUCAUGGCCUGGAGCACGAUUUGCCGCGAGGAGCAGGUCCCGAAGUGCCACCCGACCUUCCACCUGACGCCAGGCUCGACAUCCAGCAUCGUUGUCCUUGUUCUCUCCGUCGCAGCGGCUAUCGGCGUCCCCCUCAUUCUCCGCUCGUCGCUGGCGACGUCCAAGUCGGACGAGGGAGUCGCUCCAGCGUUCCUGGGCAUCGGCAUUCGCGCGCUGCUGCUAAGCGCAUCGGCCUACUGGGUGGCGGACUCGCUACUGGCGGCGUCGAGCUUCGGUACGGCCGGGACCGCCGUCGCGUUGCUCGCGAAAACCGCUUUCGCCCGGGUGGUCCUCGUCGGAGGCUUCCUAUCGGCGACGCUCGUCUGGUACCUCUCACCGUUGUGCAUCCGAGUCCAGCGCGAGCAAGUUCGGAAUGCGGCGGGCGAGCCUGUCCGGACGCAGAUCAAGGUCAUCGGCUUCGCCAACGCCCUCGGCUCGUCGUACCUCCUCUUCUUCGCCGCGAUUUUCGUCCUCCUCUUCCUCGUCUCGCCGCCGCCCGCCCAGCUCGUCCUCGGCCUUCACCUCGUUAUCCUCCUUUGCCUCCUCGAGGUCUUCGACUCCGAGCGCGACGUCCAGCACCUUACGACGGCACUCACUUCGGCAGCAUCCCUUCAGGCUUUCCUUAACAGUGACGAAGGCGGCCUCCCGCCUCCUCCGCCGCACACUGGACCGACCUUCGUGCAGAUCUCGAUGCUCGCCCUCCUCGCGCACCUCUCGUUCUUUUCAACUGGCCAUCAAGCCGUCAUCUCGUCGAUCCAGUGGUCGACUGCGUUCAUCGGCUUCCCUUCCCUGACAUACCCCUUCUCCCCCAUUCUCGUCACCCUGAACACCCUCGCCGGCUUCAUUCUCACGGCUGUCGCCCUCCCGCUGUUCGUCUUCUGGAAUCUCUCGCCGACGCUCAAAGACCAAGGCGCGCCAAUGGUCGUCGGGCGCAACCUCCUCCGCGCCGGCGCGAGCUACAUGGCGUACUUUGCUACGCUCGCCCUCGCGUCGGCGACGUGCUCAGCGUGGCUCAGGCGGCACCUGAUGGUGUGGAAGAUCUUUGCGCCGCGAUUCAUGCUCGCGGGUGUUGCGCUCCUCGCGACCGACUUUGUCGUCCUCGUGUUGGCAAUGGCGUGGGGCGCAAGAGGGAUGCUGGGCAAGGUUCGAGGGUCGCUGGGGACGAGGUUCGCGGAGUAG